GAAUUAUCAACUCUGCCAUAGGGACUUCAAAUCAUUUAUUUUAAUUAAGCAAACUUUGGUCAAUUUCUUUUAAUUUGCUACCAUCGUAUUUUCUGUUUAACAUGAUACCAUUCACAUAAUAUAACAAGCCCACAAAAAAUAUAAACCCCGCCACAGGCCAGAGAGAAGAGAGAACUGGGAAAGUUCUCUCCACAGACAUAUUCAUGAACACCACAGAAGAUCGCAGCAAACGCGCACUGCCCGAGCUGCAUUUGACACAAUCUAGAGAAAAUGGAGAUCUAGGACCUUCGCAAUCAGGAUAUGUAGCAAAAGUAGCAGUAAAACCUGUCCCAGUUGCUAAGUCAUGGGCGCAUUUCGUUGCUGGAGGUGUGGGGGGAAUGACAGCCGCAGCUCUCACAGCACCUCUCGAUGUCCUAAAAACACGCUUGCAAUCCGAUUUCUACCAAGCACAACUGGCGCAGAGUCGUCUGGCCAAGGGGAUUUCUCCACAUGCACAUCUCUCGCCACUACGUAGCGGACUUUUACAUUUUCGUGAAACUUUCCAGAUCCUCGGGUCAGUACAUAGACUUGAAGGAUAUCGUGCGCUCUUCAAAGGAUUGGGGCCAAAUCUUGUAGGCGUGGUUCCCGCGAGAUCGAUAAACUUUUUCGUUGUGGGCAACGGCAAGCGAAUAUUGGCGGGGUAUAAUGGCGGGGUGGAAUCAGCUUGGGUGGUCUGUCUUGCGGCUGCCGCUGCUGGAAUUACGACGAGUACGGUUACAAAUCCUAUCUGGUUAAUCAAAACUCGAUUGCAACUGGAUAAGAAUGUGGCCGAGAGAGCAGGAGAUGUCGGGAAGAGACAGUACAAGAACAGUUGGGAUUGUAUCAAGCAGGUUGUAAAGGGAGAAGGAAUACGGGGCUUAUAUAAGGGAAUGAGUGCGAGUUAUCUGGGUGUUACGGAAAGUACGUUGCAGUGGGUUCUGUAUGAACAGAUGAAGAAAAGUUUGGAGAAGAGAGAGGAGAGAAUAACCUUGAGUGGGAAACCCAGGAAUUUCUUGGAUCACUCAAUACAAUGGACUGGAAGUCUCGGAGCAGCAGGUUUUGCAAAACUUGUUGCGGCACUUGCAACUUAUCCUCAUGAGGUUUUACGAACACGCCUAAGACAGGCACCUUUAGAUCAUGGACGCCCCAAAUAUACAGGACUCGUUCAAUGCUUUAACCUCGUUUGGAAAGAGGAGGGAAUGGCUGCUUUAUAUGGAGGCUUAACGCCGCAUCUAUUACGAACAGUGCCGAGUGCUGCCAUCAUGUUUGGCAUGUAUGAGGGAAUAUUGAAACUACUGGAAAAGCCAGCUUCACCUUGAGAAUGGUACGGAUGAGCUGGGUAGAUGUACAAUACAUGAAUAGGAUUUUACGAUGGCGUUUGUAUCAAAAAAGCGGCACAUGACGACUAUCAGGACUUAUGGUAUUCCACUUCAGGCAGGAUCGGUUACAUGCAAUGUACAUUAUGAAAUCUAUGGCGCUUUGUGGAAAUGGAUGUGGGUUGAUAGAUCAUUGGCAUAUUGUAUCUAUAUGUACAUUGGCCAUAGUAGGGUGGACAUUCCGCUCCAAAGACUCAAAUAGACGAGAGCAGUUUUGCAGAGGC